CCGAGUUAAAAAGAAGGGCAAGGCAAAAGGCUCUCGUCUUUUCCUUCCUUUCUCUUCAUCGCCCACAUAUUUCAGCUCAUAUACGCUACCUAAAGCCUAUCUCCCCAGCAAGAAAACCAAACAGAGAGAGAGAGAGAGAGAAAGAAACCGCUCUGAAAGCAAAAAAAGCUUAGACAGAGAUCGAUAGAGAUCAAUUCAUUACAUGGCGGCAGCUUCCUCCACCACACAGCUGCUGAGCCUCCUAAACCACCACCACCACCAGCAGGCGGCGGCUGUUGGCGGCGGCGGCGGUGGAGGAUUUCUCGACCACAACAGUACUAGCGACAACAACAACAACAGUAGCAAUAACGAUGAGAACAACAACAACAACAACCUAGGUUUCUUCCCUAAUUUCCCGCUCCACCAAAACUUUAUCUUCUCUCAGCUACUAAUGAGCGGCGGCAGCACCAACGACACCAGCUUGUUAGCUUCCUUGCCUCCUUCUCAUCACGAUCACCACCACCAAACCCUAUCUUCUUCUUCUCCCUCCGCCGCCGCCGCCGCCGCCGUCGCGGCUACUAGUUCGCCAACUGAGUUGAAGGCGGUCAAUAAGGACGGUCUCAUAGAUCCCGAUCUGCUUUCCUUGCAGAGAUCCGGUGCAGCUAAUAAUAAUCUCUGGGGAUGGGGAGAUUUGGGCGGCGGAGAAUGCAGGCUAACAACGCCCGCUGCCGGCGGCAAGAAGACAACCCUCAGCGCUAAUUAUAGCUAUGGCGACAAUAAUAACAAUAGUAACGGCAAUAUUAACGACGGCGGCCGUCACCGUUUUCCUGGGGUUAAUGUUAGCGACGGCAGUAACAGCGUGGUCAGUAACGGCAACAAUGUCUCGGCGGCGGCGAUGAAGCUGAAGAAGAUUAGGGCGGCGGGCGGCGGCGGCGGAGGGUGCAGGAAGAAGGUGAGGGAGCCGAGGUUCUGUUUCAAGACGCUGAGCGAGGUUGACGUGCUCGACGACGGCUAUAAGUGGCGGAAGUACGGCCAGAAAGUCGUCAAGAAUACCCUCCAUCCCAGGAGCUACUACCGGUGCACGAAGGAUAGCUGCAGGGUGAAGAAGAGAGUGGAGAGACUGUCCGAGGAUCCAAGAAUGGUGAUCACAACGUACGAAGGCAGGCAUGCACAUUCCCCAUCCCACGACCAAGACGAAGACGGCCACUCUCCUUCUCAUCUCAGCAACUUCUUCUUCUAAUAAUAAGAAAAUAUAUAAUUAAUGACGCUAAUAAUAUUUAAAUUUUGAUGAUAUGUAUAAUUUGCUUCCUUGGUUCUUUUUUACGCUUGAUGAAUCCUCGAUCUAUGUAUGUAUAUGAUCAUCUGUAUUAGUUUCGUAUUACGUGCUUUGUUUUUUCGCCUUUUGAAUUUGCUAUAUGGUUUCUCGUGAACGAUAAUACCCGGGCCGGGACUGCUGCUUACUUUUUCAGUCAGGUUUGAGAAUGGGCCUGCAUGCAUGCAUGGGC